AUGGACCCUUCGCCCCGUCCUCGCAACCCUCCACAACCACCCCCCAUCUUCACAACCACUCCAUCCCAAAUUCUCACCACAAUCAACACCCUCAUCUCAACCCACCGCGCAGCCCAAUCCUCCAUUCCAUCAACAAUCUCACCCCAAGACGCAACCUACGCAAACACCCUCCUCCCCCUAGCCCACGCCGAAAACGCCCUCUACUCCACAUCCUCCCUCCUCCUCUUCCACAACGCAGUCUCCCCAGACCAAGCAACCCGCUCCGCCUCCUCCCAAGCCCGCGCCCUCCUCCGCGACGCCGAACUUGAAGCCGCCAACAACGAAGCGCUCUUCAAGCUCGUCGACGCAGUCUACAACGACGCCGCCGAAACACGCUACCUGAACCCGGAAGCCAGGAACUAUCUCCACAAGAAACACCGAGAAUUCGUCAAAAAUGGUCUACGUAUUCCCGUUGGACCAGACCGGGACCGCUUCCGCGCAAUCCGCGCCGAGAUUGUGUCCCUCACGGCAGAAUUCGCAAAGAACCUCGCCGAAGAGGAUGUCUCGCUAUGGUUCACCCCGCGAGAACUAGACGGCUUCCCUCCGGACGCCCUCGCUCGCCUCGAAUCAGGGGAUGACGAUUACCCCGAGACGGCAGGAAAACUACGCAUCAAGAUCCCGCUCCACCUCUCCCACCUCCUCCGCACGGCGCACCGGCCCAACACACGCCGCCGCGCCAGGCUAGCUUACGACACCCGCUGCGCCGCCAACGUCUCGCUCUUCCGGCGCGUCGUCCUCCUCCGGCACGAGGCUGCCCGUCUGCUCGGCUAUCCAGACCACGCGACGCUCAGCACGGAAGAAAAAAUGGCUGGGUCCCCGGUCCACGUCACCUCCUUCCUCUCCUCUCUACGAGAGAAGCUAGCCCAGGGUGGACAGCGCGAAAAGGAACUCCUCCUAAAGCUCAAGAGGCGUAAUGUCGAAGAGGAGAGGGGCGAGAUUUAUGAUGGGAGGUUGUAUACGUGGGACACCGCGUACUACACGAAUCUGUUGCUGAAGGAGGGGUAUGCUGUUGAUCAGGAGCGGAUUGCAGAGCAUUUCCCGCUCGAGCAGACCGUGGAGGGCAUGUUGGGUAUCUUUAAGAGGCUGUUAGGGAUGGAGUUUUGCGAGGUUGUUGGAACGGAGGCGAGGGAUGCCUUGUCGAGCACGGGGAAGGGGGAAGAUAUCGUCUGGCAUGAGGAUGUGCGACUGUUUUCUGCGUGGGAUUCUGCUGGCCACGCGAUCCACGACCUAGUCUCCCGUACCUCCUUUGCACGCUUCCACGGUCCCAUGGGCACCGUCGUCGACUUCGGCGAGGCGCCCUCCCAAAUGCUCGAGAACUGGUGCUGGAGCGCGGAGCAGCUGAAGGCCCUCGGCCGACAUUACUCGUAUCUUUCUGAGGAGUGUCUGCAGGAUUGGCGGGAGAAGCAGGUUGCCAGUGGAGCGUCAGAAGAAGGAGGACGAGGAGAUGGAGGGGAAGGACUAACGCAGCCGCCAGAACGAAUCCCAGAGUCCGUCGUCGAGGGCCUCGUUGCCGCGAAACACGUAGGCCAGGGGCUGGGGACGCUACAGCAGCUUUUUAUUAGCGUUUUCGAUAUGGCUGUGCAUCAGUUGCCCGCGUCGACCAUCACGCAGGAGGAACCAACAGCGACCGCUGCCGCUGGUGCUGUCGAAGGAGAAGCCGCCGUGGACUUUACGACGCUCUGGAACAGCCUUCGACGAGAAAUCGUACCCACAGACGAUCCGCCGCUCCUGCCAGGCGACGACACUAACUGGGGACACGGGUAUACCAACAUCGGACACCUGAUGGAUGAGUACGAUGCCGGGUUCUAUGGGUACUUUUUCUCAAAGGUUUACGCGCAAGACAUCUUCUCAACCAUUUUCGAGGCGGACCCCAUGAGCGCGGAAGCAGGGCGCAAGUAUAGGUACGGCGUGCUGGAGAAGGGAGGCGGACAGCCCGAGAUGACGACGUUGAUGGAGUUUCUCGGUCGCGAGGUCCGGAUGGAGCCUUUCUAUGAGGAAUUGGGAUUACCGGUAUAG